ACUGCUGGCCAGAGGAGGGUGGGGUGCAGAAGCUGAUGUGAAGAUUUCGAUAGCAUUUCAACGUCCAAGGCGUCGCAGGGACUUGCCUGUUGGGGAGCUGCCCUACCAGGAGGUGCCACUCCCCACCGUCACCCUCAUUAUGCUCAGAUGUACCCACUCUGUCCACGUAAGCAUGAGUGGGAUGCAUUUCAGAGGGACAGAGUGGCAUCCGGAGAGGCUUCGGGAGAUAUGGCUGGGAAAGGGCAGAGACCGUGAGAGGAGCCCUGAGGUUCCAGUCCCAACUCUGCCCCAGACUUUCCAGUGUGACUUGGGCCUCAGUUUCCCUAUCUGUCAAAAGGGGUUGCUAUUGCUCAUCUCACAGGGCUGUUAAGGGGAUUAUCAGCAAAAAAAGGGGAAAGCUUGAUGUUAAUGAAGGUCGCUAGUUUGACCUAUAAUAAUAGCAACAGCUUCUACUGAAUGCUUAUUAUGUGCUAGACGCCUUCUAAGAGCUUAACAUUCAUUAUCCCAUUCAGUCCUCCUAACAGACCCUGUGAAAUAGGUUAUCACUUUCAGAAGAGGGAACUGUGGCAAACAGAAGUUAAGUAUUUGUAACAAUUGGAGCCAGUGUCAACGCCCUCCAGCCAGAGACCACCAGGAACACACCCGCAGUUGAACAAGUUGGGUUUAUUGCUCAUUGCACUGAGGAAGAACACACACGAUGGGAUGAGGAAACUGUUGGACUUGCCCAGGAAGUAGGAGAGCUGGACUCCUCAAUUCCAGGCAGCCUGGGCCCAGGGGCUGUGCUCUAAUCACAGGACUCUGUCGGAAGGGCAGACUCCCUGGGUUCCAGUCUGGACUCCAACAUUUUCAUUUCCUGGCAUCAUCACUGUGGGCAAGUUGCCUAACCUUGUUGAGCCUCAGUCUGCUCAUCCAUAAAAAGGUCCAAUAGGAGUCUGUCUGUACUGCUUGCUGUCCAGCCCUGGCAUAGAACCUGGCACGUAGUGAGCACUGAAUGUUCAUUGUUGGCAUGAUUCCGGGGCUUGGGAGAGGUUCCUGGAGACUCCUGCUGGCCUCCCCCGACCUCUCCCCACGUCCCUCAGGCCACCUGGGGGCCCCACAGUGCACCCGCUGCCUCAUCACCUUCGCCGAUUCCAAGUUCCAGGAGCGUCACAUGAAGCGGGAGCACCCAGCGGACUUCGUGGCCCAGAAGCUGCAGGGGGCCCUCUUCGUCUGCUUCACCUGUGCCCGCUCCUUCCCCUCCUCCAAGGCCCUGAUCACCCACCAGCGCAGCCAUGGUCCAGCCACCAGGCCCUCCCCACCGGCUGCGCCGACGACUAGCCAGCCCACCUUCCCUUGUCCUGACUGUGGCAAGACCUUUGGGCUGGCCGCUUCCCUGAGGCGGCACCGCCAGGCGCACGAGGCCAGCACCCCUCCUGGCCCCUUCGCCUGCACUGAGUGUGGCCAGGACUUUGCCCAGGAAGCUGGGCUGCAUCAACACUACAUCCGGCAUGCCCGGGGGGAGCUCUGAGUGCAGCUUCAGCACUCCCCAGGGCAGUGGGGGCUCUGUGGCUGGUAGGACCCUCCUCUGAUAUGGGCUGGGAGCCUUGGAGGGAUUUGCUCCCCUCCCUGGAAAGGCAAAGGGCUCCUGAGAAAUAGGACCCACGAGAUGCUUAUUUAGAGCUUCAGUCUUUGGAGGACACAAAGGCUUUCAGGGAAACAGUGUAAUCAGACAAUAGUGAGAUCUUUUGUUUAAAAAAAGAAUGAGCAAGAUAGGGAAAAUUGUUAUUUGUAUGUCCCUCAUUCCCAAUUAAAUAUUUUGAAAUCACAACUAGCUA